AUGGAGAGCGCCGAUCUUGAAAGAAGUUAUUCCCGCGAGCAGCAAGGCUUGGGCCCUGGGCUUGAGGCUAUUGCUACACCAGUUGCGCUCGUUCGAAGUUUCACGUCGAAAAGCCAUAGAACCGGGAUCGAAAGCUCGCGUGCCGCACGAUUGAGGGAACUUGAAAAGGGCAUCCACGACUCGUUUGAGACGGAGAAGGAAGACACUGUUGAGCAAGUCGCAUCGAGAACUCCUUCGGUGCUGAGUACAACCCGGGGAACAGAUCCAUCGUCAGAGACAUCAAGUGUACAUCGAGGAGAUGAAGUACGGCGACGGGUAAUUCGAUUCGAAGAUGGAGACCCGGAGAACCCAAAUAACUGGAGUCGGUGGAAAAAGAUCUAUUCCCUCAUCGUGGCUAUUAUGAGCGUGAUGAAUAGUACCAUGAACUCAAGUCUAGCCGCCGGGGCUGUAGGCCCAAUAUCUCGCCACUUUAACGAAUACAACAAAUAUAUGCUCAUCUUACCUACAUCCAUGUAUCUAGUCGGCUACGCAUGUGGUCCAAUGCUGUGGGGCCCUCUUUCAGAAAGUUAUGGUCGCAAAGGAACGAUGGUGAUAUCCUUUGCCAUCUUGACCGUAUUCUCAAUUGCUUCGGCGGUCGCCCCGAAUUUCGCUGCCCUGGUCAUCUUCAGACUUCUCGUUGGUGUGGGAGGGAGCUGUGCCGUCAGUGUCGUUGGUGGUAUUUGUGCAGACAUCUAUCACAACCCGAAAUAUCGUGGGAGGAGCAUGGCAAUUUUCAUGGCAGCAACAACUUUUGGUCCUAUCCUCGGUCCUCCAGUAUCAGGAUUCAUAGGAGUUGUGUCCUGGUCAUGGGCGUUUUGGAUCGGAGCCAUUUUCGCUGGUGCCACAUGGCCACUCUUCUACUUCUUCAACGAAACAUAUGGACCGACGAUCCUCAAGCGCCGAAUCUACCAUUUCAACGCGGGAGAAACAGGCCUAACAUUCUUACCCAUCGGCGUCGGUGCAGUCAUAUCGGCCGGAAUAUACCUCUCCUGGGACUGGUACCUAGCGCGCGCCCAGCGUCUCAAGCGUCCGUGGUCGCAAGAUGAAGAAAUGCGCAGAUUACCAUUGGCAUGUAUUGCAGGACCCUUCUUCGUCAUCAGUGCCUUUUGGCUUGGCUGGACAGCGCGAGAAGGCAUCCAUUGGAUUGUACCUACACUCGCUGGUAUACUGUUCGGCAUGGGCUAUCUCUGUCUCUUCAUGGCGCUACUCAACUACCUGGUCGAUGCUUACGAAAUCUUUGCCGCGAGCGCAAUGGCCGCUGCUUCGCUGUCGCGAUCGUCCUUUGGCGCUGUGCUACCAUUUGCGACGAAACCAAUGUACAAUGCCAUGGGUGUUGCAUGGGCGACUAGUCUGCUGGGUUUCUUCUCCUUAGCUUUAUGUGUCGUGCCCUUUGUGUUUGUCAAAUGGGGCGGUAGUAUGAGGGAUAGGAGCAAGUUUUGCCAAUAUCUGCGGCAGAAGAAGAGGGAAGAAGAGGAAGCGAGGGAAGAAGAGAGGAGAGGAUUGCGAGAGACAGAGGUCAAGGCCCAACCGAAUGAGUUCAAGGGGAAAGAGGACGUUUGA